GCGCGCGGGAAGGGCUGGCGGGGCCGCCGGCAGCCUCCGGGCCCACGCGUCAUGGCCGUGUCCGUGCCGGGCUACUCGCCCAGCUUCAAGAGGCCCCCCGAGAAACUGCGUCUCCGACGGAAAAGGACGCGGAGCUCCGGGGCCGCCGCCUCCCAGGCCCCCGAGCCACCGGAGCCCGCGGCACGCCGGGCCGCCCUGGCGGCGGGGCUGCCCCUCCGCCCCUUCCCCUCCGCGGCGGUCCGAGGCGGCGGCGGCCGGCCCGCGGCUCCGAGGAACCCCUUCGCCCGCCUGGACAACCGCCCGCGGGCCGCCGCCGAAGGCCCCGACGUGCGGCAGGAGGCGCCGGGCCCGCCUCCAGAUCAUAAAAGAGAAAAUGAUUCCCUAUUGGGAGAGCUGCUACCGGAAAAGACGACUAUCACAGAAAUGUCCAAGACUCAACACCUAUCAUCCUUUGAAUCGGAUACUCCAUCUUCAGAAAGUACUGAGUUACCUGUGGACUGGAGCAUUAAAACUCGACUCCUUUUCACCUCUUCUCAACCCUUUACCUGGGCAGAUCACGUGAAAGCACAGGAAGAAGCUCAAGGUCUUAUCCAACAUUGUAGGGCAGUAGAAGUUACUUUGCCCCAAAAUAUUCAGGAUCCCAAACUCUGCACUGAGUUACGGUGUGCCUUCCAGCAGAGUCUUAUCUACUGGCUCCACCCUGCCUUGCCUUGGCUACCACUGUUCCCUCGUAUUGGAGCUGAUAGAAAAAUGACUGGAAAGUCAAGCCCUUGGUCAAAUGAUGAAUCCCUGCAGCACAUUUUAAUGAGUGACUGGUCUGUGAGCAUUACUUCGCUAUAUAACCUGCUGAAGUCAAAACUGUGUCCCUACUUCUACGUUUGUACCUACCAGUUCACGGUCCUGUUCCGAGCAGCAGGAUUGUCAGGGAGUGAUGUCAUCACAGCUCUCCUCUCUCCUACAACAAGAGGACUGAGAGAAGCUAUGAAAAAUGAAGGCAUUGAAUUUUCCCUGCCUUUAAUAGAAGAAAAUGCUCUUAAGAAGAAAGUAUAUGGAACAAGCUUGGGACAUGGGGAGGAGCAAGCAGUCAGUGAUGAAGAUGAAGAGGAAAGCUUUUCUUGGUUAGAAGAGAUGGGUGUACAAGAUAAGAUUAAAAAGCCAGAUAUACACUCCAUCAAACUCCGUAAAGAGAGACAUGAGGUACAAAUGGAUCACAGACCAGAGUCUGUAGUGUUGGUGAAAGGAAUCAAUACCUUCACAUUGCUCAACUUUUUGAUUAACUGCAAGAGUGUAGUUGCUACCUCAGGUGUACAGGCAGGACUUCCACCAACUCUCUUAUCACCUGUGGCUUUCCGAGGUGCCACAAUGCAAAUGCUUAAGGCACGAAGUGUUAAUGUAAAGACACAAGCCCUUUCUGGAUACAAAGAUCAAUUUAGCUUGGAGAUUACUGGACCCAUCAUGCCUCAUGCUGUACAUUCUGUGACCAUGCUACUCAAAUCUUCCCAGAGCGGGUCAUUCUCUGCAGGACUGUAUCCACAUGAGCCGACCACUGUAUUUAAUAUCUGCUCACCACUGAGUAAGGUACUAGAUAAAGAGGUUGUCCAUAAGGAUCUUGCUAAUUGUGGCUUGCACUCUGAGACUCUAAAACAACUUAGUCAAAUACCACUACUGGGGAAAUCAUCUUUACGAAAUAUGGAAAUGAGUGACUACAGUUAUAAAUGGAGAUCCUGAACGCUAAAGUAAGCCUAAAAGGAAUCUUUGAGGAAAAACCUCCUAGCAAGGAAAUUCAAGAUUCUUUUAAGCCUUUGACUUUUGAAGUUCAUUUCAGAAGUUAAAGAAAUACUUUAAAAUACUGAAAUAUUUAUAUACAUUUAUUUAUUACAAGGACUGAGCAAUAGCAUUAAGGCUUAAAAUCAACAUUUGAUUUUACUAUUUUCAUAGUUUCUAGUAUGAAGAUGAUACAAACUUUUUAAAUCUUAAAUAGCUUGUAGUGUUCUCUCUACAACUAAUUGUAAACUGGGUGGAAAUCUGAAUUAAAAGUGUUUCAUUAUAAAUGGGAAACUAAGACAUUUAUAAACUGUAGCAAUCUGUCCGUUGGUAUGGUGACUAAUAGGUUGAUUUAUGAAAGUAGGAAAUAAAGGUAGACAAUAAUGCAGAGCUGAUUUUGGAAGCUUCUGUCUUAGUAUCUUUAGUACUUUAUUCUUCCAGUCUCUAGUACACUUAAAAUGUUGUUUUAAUGCAUGCUAGUUCAAAAGGUAUUGUGUAGAUGGAUGGGUAAGUGGUAAUAGCUAUUAAUAUCUAAUGUGCUGCAGGUGUGUAUGUGACACCAAAUGUAAAAUUCAAUGUUUUAAAAUAAAUAUGCCUAGAAACCAAA